AUGAAGUGGGUGUUACAACACAUAUUACCAGCAACAAGGACACAACCACCUAAAUUUGUUGACAUGCAAAAUGUUGUUCACAUAGAUGAGAAAUGGUUUUAUUUAAGUCCAGAUAUGAGAAGGUUUUAUUUGCUUCCUGCUGAAGAUGACCCUUAUAGUUGCUGUCAGUCCAAGAGGUUUAAGAUAAAAGCCAUGUUCAUGUGUGCCACAUCUAGACCUAUUAAGGACAGUGAGGGAAGGAUGAUACAUGAUGGGAAAUUUGGUAUCUACCCUUUUGUUGAGUAUGCAAGAGCUAAGUAUUCAACAAAAAACAGAAGGGCAGGUACUAUGUUGACAAAGGCAAUUGAAAGUGUUACACUACCAGUUAUGAGGGAUAUGAUAGUUAACACUAUCAUACCUGCCAUAAUGAGGAAUUGGCCAGAAGGUGUGUCCAAAGAAAUCUACAUACAACAAGACAAUGCUAGACCUCACAUUCAUGCAUCAGACCCACAAUUUAUUGCAGCAGCAAGUCAGAAUAGAUUCAAUAUCCAACUCAUCAAUCAACCAGCUCAGUCCCCUGACUUAAAUGUGCUAGACUUGGGGUUUUUUAGAGCAAUUCAGGCACUACAAUAUCAAUCAUUUCCUAAGAACCUAGAUGAACUGAUUUUAAGAGUGCAGGACUGUUAUGAUUUCUUUGACCCAGAAGUUUUGAAGUUCACUUGGUUGCAAUUACAAUAUGUUAUGGUAGAAAUACUAAAGUGCAAAGGGGGGAACAAUUUCAAGAAUCCACACCAUGCAAAGAGAAAGUUAGAGAUUGGGAUUACUUCCAGAAAAUGUAACAGUGGACCAAGCUGUGAUAGAUGA